GCGAGGCAGCCACCAGUUCUCACCAGUCACCGGUUCACCGGUCACGCGUCACGGUCAGGUAUUUUACAGCCAAUUUGAUGACGUACUCAUCGUCAUCAGGUACACUGCCACAUGAACUGAAUUUUAUUCCAGAAACAUACCAAACGUCAUGCGGAGACUUUUCGCAGCGCCGUCAUUUUCUCCACUCUCCACAGGUCUAUAAAGCUGUCAACGGCGUAGUCUUAUUGCAAUCUCUAAUCAAGACUUCCCACUCUCCACCACUUCACGACUAUCAUAAUGGCCGCAGGACCCGCAAUCCCAGGACUUUUGCUCGUUCUCGCAGCAACAAUACUACUCAUCUUCGUUUCUGUCUCUUCGCCCACAUGGGAAAAAAUAUCAUUUCUCAACGUCGGCUCAGGAGACUCUGUAACUCACUAUGGUGUAUUCGGGUUUACUGGUUCAAAGACCCAGAUAGGAUACGAUUUCAAUCCAUCCGAACUCGGUUUUGAUUCCUCGAAACUGAAUACAGAAAUCAUACAUAACCUCACAAAAGUCCUCAUCCUCUAUCCUAUUGCUGCCGGUCUUGCUGGACUCGGUGUUUUAUUCGGCCUUUGCGGUGCUGCUUACCAUCGCGCAGGAACCGUGUUGAUGCUGCUCGCAACAUCUCUUGCACUCAUUGUGACCCUAGUCGUAUGGGUCAUCGAGAUGGUUCUGUUUGGAAUUGCCCGCGAUCGUUUCCGAGACCAAAAUAUUCCUGCUGAAUUCGGCAAUGCUAAUUGGAUUGGGUUGGGUGCUUUGGUUGCUUUGGCAUUAGGAGUGUGUGCGAGCACUUGUGGUGUCUUUGGUCGUUACCGCAAACGACGAGAUGCAUAUUAAAUUUUCUCAGACUAUUUGCACUCUUCUUAAUCACCUCCUACGUCCACCUCAUUUUUCUCAUGUUAUUUCACGCGUCAUUUUUGUCAUGAACAGUUGUAUUUUUGGUCCAUAUUUCGAUUUUCGAUAUCUUACGCACUAUCUUUCUGUAUACUCACUAGCUAAUGAAAUGAGACGAUAAAAACACCAUGAAGC